AUGAAUCUCCACCCUGAUUGUCUCGAUGCUCUAAAAUACCCUAACUUUCGACACCUGGAAGGUAAUUUGGCUGACUCAGAUACGGAGCACUAUCGUUACCAAUGUGAACUAAAUGCUAUCAGCAAGUAUUACACUGAAGAAUCUGAAGUCGGUCAGAUAGUUUUGAAGUUGAAAAGUGAUUUUGAG